AUGGUGGAGCGUCUGGGCGAAUGGUUCCCCUUUUCCUCCGAGUUGUACUGCCGGAAGCUCACGCUGUAUGAUCGCAUGUUCUGGGACGCCCCCGCGGGCCCCCCGGCUGCGGGGGCGGCGUCUCCCUUCUCCCUGGCCACGUGUGCCUUUGCGUGCGCUGCCCCUUUUGGGGGGUCCAUCGCCGUUCUGCACGCUGCACCGCACCCAGCCGACGCCGGCGGAGACGUGGAUUGCACGGUGCACGUGUACACGAGUGCUGGUGAGUUGCAGGCGCGGCUGCGUCUUCCGGGCGGUGUGGGCUCACCCAUCGAUGUGGGGUGGACGAAGGAGGAAGCCCUUGUCAUUCUAACGGACCAGCAGGCCUGCGUUUUAUUUAACGAUAUUCACACGGGAAGCUCCGCGCUGAGCGCGGAUGGCGCCUCUUCCGCCUGCACAAUUCGCCUCCAAGACGCCACGGUGCCCGCGUCUUCCCAUUCCGUGGGGGUUGCCGUUGUCCCGACGAUUCUUUCCUGCAUGCGCCCGGAGGGAUUGUUCUGCAUCGACGCCAACGCGUGGCUGCGGGGCCUCAUGCACGUCGAGCGCCAGGCCCCUAAGCUGCAGGCACCGGAGCGUCUUGUGGCGGGGCUUCUCCCCACCGCUCUUGACUUCAUCCCAGCCGAGUGGAACGAUGAUGGCGAUACGGUGUUCUACCUGGCAGCCAGGCCACAGGGCCAGAGAGGGGACAGCACGCUGCACGUCUUCACCUCCAAUCAUGGCCUGCGUACAAAGGCACGCCAGCGUGUACCCGGCAGAGUUUUGACGAUGAAGUUAAAUCACACCGGUCUCUGCAUCGCGCUAUUUACAGACCGGGCGGAACUCUACAUCUUAUCGAGCAAUCUGGGCUCUGUUGUGUUUUCCCUGGCCUUGGGCUCACGCAGCCGGGGGCCGGAAAAAAUGGAGUGGUGUGGGGCGUCAUUUGUCCUGCUUCACUUUAACGACACCGUCGCCCACCACGGCUACCCAUCACGCACGGUCUCACCAAUGUUCUCGCUUCUCAUUCCGACUCUGCCGGAGGCCUCGGUGAAGUACGAACGGUUCGAUUGGGAGCCCGAGGGCAGUGGGCAUGUCACUACCGUGGCGGAAGUCGAUGGCGUUCGCGUCCUCACCGAGAGGGCCUGCUACUUUCUGGAGCAGGUGCCAAAGAGCCUUGUCACCCUGUGUCGCAUAAAGCCCUUGUCGCGCUCCGCACAGUUGGUCGCCGCUUGCGCGGACGGGGGGAAUCGCUUGCCGCGCGUGUGUCGAUUACUGUCGACGUGGGGAAGCUCCACCUUCGCUGGGGCCAUUGAGGACGUCUUGGAUGCCGCAGAGCGCGAGUUUUCUCCGGACCAGCAAUACCUCUUGUUGGCCGCAGCCUCCUUCGCCAAUGAAGUGCACCGGCGGUACGACUCCGACGCCUUUGUGGACAUUGUACGGCGACUGCGUGUGCUUCACACGGUGCGAAGCCACCCUGGGUGCCGGAUGCCGCUCUCCUUUCGGCAGUACUGCACUCUUUCCGGGCUGGAGCAGACGCGCGCCCUCUCCCCCUCCGAGGCGCAGGUGCUGGUGGACCGUCUGGCAAAUCGCUGUUGUUUCCAACUGGCCUUCGAUAUCACAGGCGCCCUCAAUAUGAAGCCGCUGCGGUUGCUUUCGCAGUGGUCCUGCCACAAGGUGCGUGACAACGCACUUGACGAUCACACCGUCUACGCCCACAUUCGAGACGUGCUGCGGCGGCACCCCGGUUCCAGCUACGUGGAGAGCUCUCUGGCUGCAUUCCGCCACGGUCGCGGCGCACUGGCCAUCGCACUACUCAACGAGGACCUGAGUGUGCACAGAAAGGUAACUGUGUUUCUGCUCGUCGGUGAGUGGGAGCUCGCGAUGCAUUGGGCGGCCCUUGGCGAUGACGCCGAUCUCAUUCAUCUGACACUCGCCUACGCCAUAGCCUCAGUGGAGGAUCGCGCCAAGCUCUUCAACGUGAUACUGGGCCACCCAACGGUUUUGGCAUCCAUGCUGCUCGCGGCGCGCCUGCUGCCUGUGUGGCGAGCGAUGCUCAAAGAAAUCUGCGCACAACACGUCGACUCCACAUUGGCGCUUUACUGUGCCCGGAGCUGCGUUGCACUUUCGCUCGAAGCGGACAAACGUGCACCGAACCGCGAGGCGUCAAGGCAGACGGAGGCGGGGGCGAAGGCAGCGGUGGAAGCAGAUGCACCUGAUACCAAAGCGCAUCGAAGCCGUUCGCCUCAUGGUGAGAAGGGCGAUGGGCAUACAAAAGAAAAGCUGGACACGCACCUCGAGACAAUACUCCGUCCACUGGCGCCACCGUCUUUGCCUGACGCAUGGGCGGCACUGGAGAACUGUCGAAAGACGGACCGCAACGUCAGUGGGGGCUUUGCGCAGGCCACUUCCGCUGGUGCCGCGAGAAACUAUCCGUUGGUGUUUUCACCGUUUUUUAACGAAACGAGGGAUGAUGAGUUGCGGUGGUUGUCUCUGCACUUCAAGCUCGUAGAGUUGCAACAAGGCCUUGCAGCGGAGCACGGUGACCCACGCUUCCUCCAGUGCAGCGUAGCACGCACACUCUACCUCUGCCUCCUGCACGACGACGACGGUAACGCGGAGGACUUGCGUGCCAAAUACCACGUCAGUGCGCGGAUGUACACCCACACGAAGUUGCGUGCCCUUUGCGACGCGGGCAGGUGGACGGAGGCGGAAAAACUUGGCGGGGACUUGGACGGUCGCCUUGCCUCGACGCCGCCUAUCGGCUACGCGCCGUUUGUGGAACAGUUCGCUCUCCACGCACAAGUAGCCAGUGCCCUGCGCUUCAUCCCAAAAUUGGACAGUGUCGCUGGCAGAGUGGCGUGGCUCAUGCAGCUGCAUCAGCCACAACUGGCUAUUGAGGAUGCCUUACGCGAAAAAGACGCGACUCUUAUUCAAAAUAUUAUGAGAAGAACAACUGACUCGGAUUUGCGCAACUACGCACUUCGAUGCCUGCAAGAACUGCAAUAG